CGGCGUCCGCAGUUUGAGUCCGGACGUGGAGCGCCGCGCUCUCAGUCGCUUGCCUUUACGCGCGUUCGAUCCGGACUCACACUUGCUCACUCUCUCGCCGGGCCGCUCACCCCCACUCGGCUCCGUUCGGUCCCGGACGCGCCUCACCGGUUCCCCGCACCGCCGGGUCGGCAGCCGGCGGCGAAGCAAGUGCUGAGCCUGCGCUGCGCGCUCGCGGCUGGGGCUCUCCCGCCUAGCGCGGUGCCUCAGCUCCCCCGCCGCCUUCGCCGCGCGGGUUCAAAGGCUACAUUGAUGAAAACCUGGCAGGAAUCAAAGAAGGACAAGACAUCUUACUGAUAGUGCUGAAGGACACAACAAAAAGUAAUUCUGAAGGAAAUGCUACUAUAACAAACUGGUCUUCCCUCUUGAAGCUCUCCACCUCUGAUCAUUUGCCAGCAACAUCUCCCUACUUCUCAGAGUCUGGAGAAGGUCUAACAAGUUCUCAGACAAUGGGGGAUGUGAAGCUGGCUUCCUCGACACACGUUUCUAAAACCUCCUUCAGUAUGGAUCCCUCGAGAGCUGGCUCCAUGCCCCUGACCGAGGCCCCGGCUUUCAUUUUGCCCCCUAGGAACCUCUGCAUCAAAGAAGGAGCCACUGCCAAGUUUGAAGGGAGGGUCCGGGGAUACCCAGAGCCCCAAGUGAUGUGGCACAGAAAUGGGCAACCCAUCACCAGUGGAGGCCGCUUCCGGCUGGAUUGUGGUAUCCGAGGGAGUUUCAGCCUUGUGAUUCAUUCUGUCCAUGAGGAAGACAAAGGAAAGUAUACCUGCGAAGCCACCAAUGGUAGUGGUGCCCGCCAGGUGACAGUGGAGUUGACAGUAGAAGGGGGCUUUGUGAAGAAGCAUGGUCAACCUGUUUCCAAAACCUUGGGGGAAAGAUUCUUAUCCCCUGCAGUGGAGACCCGUCCUAGCAUCUGGGGAGAGUGCCCCCCAAAGUUUGCUACCAAGCUGGGUCGAGCUGUGGUCAAAGAAGGACAGAUGGGACGAUUCUCCUGCAAGAUCACUGGCCGGCCCCAACCACAGGUCACCUGGCUCAAGGGAGAUGUUCCCCUGCAGCCAAGUGCCCGUGUGUCCAUGUCUGAGAAGAAUGGGAUGCAAGUUCUGGAAAUCCAUGAGGUCAACCAAGACGAUUUGGGGGUGUACACGUGCAUGGUGGUGAACGGGUCAGGGAAGGCCUCCAUGUCAGCUGAGCUUUCCAUCCAAGGUUUGGACAAUGCCAAUAGGUCGUUUGUGAGGGGAACAAAGGCAGCCAAUUCAGAUAUCAGAAAGGAGGUGACCAACGGAAUUGCACAGGAGCCAAAAAUGGACAGCCUGGAGACUAUAGCUGAAAGUAAGAACUGCUCCAGCACCCAGAGAGGCGGCUCCCCGACCUGGGCCACAAGUACCCAGCCUCAGCCCCUGAGGGAAUCCAAGCUGGAUCUGUUCGAGGACUCAUCUCGAAAGGCCCUGAGGACCCCCGUCCUGCAGAAGACUUCCAGCACCAUCACCCUGCAGGCCACAAAAGUCCAGCCGGAACCAAGAGCACCAGUCUCGGGGCCUUUCUCUCCUGGAGAAAAGAGGGAGAAGCCAGCUGCUCCCCCUCCAGCCACCCUUCCCACAAGGCAGUCUGGCCUGAGAAGCCAAGAAGUUGUGAGCAAGGUUGCUACCAGGAAAAUCCCCAUGGAGAGCCAAAGGGAUUCAACAUUCCCCAAAUUUGAGAGCAAGCCCCAAAGCCAGGAAGUCCGUGAGGAUCAAACAGUCAAGUUCAGGUGUGAGGUUUCAGGGAUCCCAAAGCCCCAAGUGACCUGGUUCCUGGAAGGUGCUCCCGUGAGGAGACGAGAAGGCACCAUUGAGAUUUAUGAAGAUGGCGGGUCCCAUUACCUCUGCUUGCUGCGAGCCCGGGCGAGAGACAGUGGGAACUACAGCUGCAUAGCCUCCAAUGUCCGAGGCCAGGUGUCCUGUGACUGGACCCUCCUCGUGAAAAGACUGGCUAGGAUGGAGGUGGCCCCCUCAUUCUCCAGUGUCCUAAAGGACUGUAGCGUCAUUGAAGGCCAGGACUUUGUGCUACAAUGCUCUGUGCUGGGAACCCCAGCACCCCAAAUUACUUGGCUGCUCAAUGAGCAGCCCAUCCAGUACGCUCACUCUACCUGCGCAGCUGGCAUGGCAGAGCUCCACAUCCAGGAUGCCCUGCCCGAAGACGAUGGCAUCUACACCUGUCUGGCUGAGAACACCUUAGGGCAGGUGUCCUGCAGCGCCCGGGUCACUGUCCACGAAAAGAAGAGUGACGGGAAGAGUGAAUAUUUUCUGCCCACAGCUCCUGGCAAGCCCGUCGCACCUCUGUUCCUGCAGGGCCUCUCUGAUCUCAAAGUCAUGGAUGGAAGCCAGGUCACCAUGACAGUCCAGGUGUCAGGGAACCCACCCCCUGAAGUCAUCUGGCUUCACAAUGGGACUGAGAUCCAGGAGUCAGAGGACUUUCACUUCGAACAGAGAGGCACUCGACACAGCCUUUGUAUCCAGGAGGUGUUCCCAGAGGACACGGGCACAUACACCUGUGAAGCCUGGAAUAGCGCCGGAGCUGUUCGCACCCAGGCCGUGCUCACGGUGCAAGAGCCACAGGACGGCACCCAGCCCUGGUUCAUCAGCAAGCCUCGCUCAGUGACAGCCUCCCUGGGCCAGAGUGUCCUCAUCUCCUGUGCCAUAGCUGGUGACCCCUUCCCCACUGUGCACUGGCUCCGAGAUGGCAAGGCCCUCUCCAAAGACACCGGCCACUUCGAAGUGCUACAGAAUGAGGACGUGUUCACCCUGGUUCUAAAAAAUGUGCAGCCCUGGCAUGCUGGCCAGUAUGAGAUCUUGCUUAAGAAUCGCGUUGGUGAAUGCAGUUGCCAGGUGUCGCUGAUGCUACAGAGCAGCCCUGCCCGAGUUACCCUGUGGGGGAGGGAGCCUGCCAGCUGUGAGGGCCUCUGCGGCCGAGGAGUUGUUGCCGAUGGUGGUGGUGGUGACUGCUAUGGGACCCUGAGGCCCGGCUGGCCAGCAAGAGGGCAAGGUUGGCCAGAGGAGGAGGAAGGUGAAGGUGUGCGGGGGGUGCUGAAGAGGCGCGUAGAGACGCGGCAGCACACGGAGGAGGCCAUCCGCCAGCAGGAGGUGGAGCAGCUGGACUUCCGUGACCUCCUGGGGAAGAAGGUGAGUACCAAGACCGUGUCGGAAGAAGACCUGAAAGAGAUCCCAGCUGAGCAGAUGGAUUUCCGCGCCAACUUGCAACGGCAAGUGAAGCCAAAGACUGUGUCUGAGGAAGAAAGGAAGGUGCACAGCCCCCAGCAGGUUGAUUUCCGCUCUGUCCUGGCCAAAAAGGGGACUCCCAAGACCCCAGUGCCUGAGAAGGUACCACCUCCAAAACCUGCCACCCCAGAUUUUCGCUCAGUGCUGGGCAGCAAGAAAAAAUUACCAACAGAGAACGGUAGCAACAAUGCUGAGGCCUUGAAUGCCAAGGCGGCAGAAAGUCUCAAGGCCGUGGGCAAUACCCAGCCUUCAGGGUCCUUGAAACCUGUGGGCAAUGCCAAGCCUGCCGAGACCCCAAAACCAGUGGGUAACACCAAGCCAGCCGAGACCCUGAAACCUGUGGGCAAUGCCAAACCUGCCGAGAUCUCAAAACUUGUGGGCAAUGCCAAACCGGCCGAGUCCGUGAAACCUGUGGGCAAUGCCAAGCCUGCCGAGAGCCAAAAACCUGUGGGCAACACCAAACCGGCCGAGAUCCUGAAACCUGUGGGCAAUGCCAAGCCUUCUGAGACCCCAAAACCUGUGGGCAACGCCAAACCAGCCGAGACCCCAAAACCUGUGGGCAAUGCCAAGCCAGAAGAGACUCCAAAACCAGCUGAGAAAGAACUCAAGAAGGAGGUUAAGAAUGAUGUGAACUACAAGAGAGGGCUUUCAGGGGCCACAGAUAAUGAGAAAAAAUCAGAAAGCCAAGGGACAGCCCCAACUUUCAAGGAGAAGCUACGAGAUGUCCAUGUGGCAGAGGGUGAGAAGCUGCUACUCCAGUGCCAGGUGUCCUCUGAUCCCCCAGCCACCAUCACCUGGACACUGAAUGGAAAAACACUCAAGACUACCAAAUUCAUCAUCCUCUCCCAAGAAGGCUCACUCUGCUCCGUCUCCAUCGAGAAGGCACUGCCAGAGGACAGAGGCUUAUACAAGUGUUUAGCCAAGAAUGGCGCCGGCCAGGCUGAGUGCUCCUGCCAAGUCACUGUGGACGCUGCUCCCGCCAGUGAGAAUGCCAAAGCCCCAGAGAUGAAAUCCCGGAGGCCCAAGAGCUCACUUCCUCCCGUGCUAGGAACAGAGAGUGAUGCAACUGUGAAAAAGAAACCUGCACCCAAGACACCUCCGAAGGCAGCCAUGCCCCCUCAGAUCAUCCAGUUUCCUGAGGACCAAAAGGUGCGCGCAGGAGAGUCUGUGGAGCUGUUCAGUAAAGUGGCAGGCACCCAGCCCAUCACCUGCACCUGGAUGAAGUUCCGAAAGCAGAUCCAGGAGAGCGAGCACAUCAAGGUGGAGAACAGCGAGAGCGGCAGCAAGCUCACCAUCCUGGCCGCACGCCAGGAGCACUGUGGCUGCUACACACUGCUGGUGGAGAACAAGCUGGGCAGCAGGCAGGCUCAGGUCAACCUCACUGUGGUCGACAAGCCAGACCCCCCAGCCGGCACGCCUUGUGCCUCUGAUAUCCGGAGCUCCUCACUCACCCUGUCCUGGUACGGCUCCUCGUAUGAUGGGGGCAGCGCCGUACAAUCCUACAGCGUCGAGAUCUGGGACUCAGUGGACAAGAUGUGGAAGGAACUAGCCACAUGCCGCAGCACCUCAUUUAACGUCCAGGACCUGCUGCCUGACCGAGAGUAUAAAUUCCGUGUGUGUGCGAUCAAUGUGUACGGAACCAGUGAGCCGAGCCAGGAGUCUGAACUCACAGCGGUGGGAGAGAAACCUGAAGAGCCGAAGGAUGAAGUGGAGGUAUCAGAUGAUGAUGAAAAGGAGCCCGAGGUCGAUUACCGAACGGUGACAGUCAAUACCGAACAAAAGGUGUCUGACUUCUACGACAUCGAAGAGAGACUAGGAUCUGGGAAAUUUGGACAGGUUUUUCGACUUGUAGAAAAGAAAACUGGAAAAAUCUGGGCAGGUAAAUUCUUCAAGGCGUAUUCUGCAAAAGAGAAAGAGAAUAUCCGGCAGGAGAUCAGCAUCAUGAACUGUCUUCACCACCCCAAGCUGGUCCAGUGUGUGGAUGCCUUCGAAGAUAAGGCCAAUAUCGUCAUGGUCCUAGAGAUCGUGUCAGGGGGUGAGCUGUUCGAGCGCAUCAUCGACGAGGACUUUGAGCUGACAGAGCGAGAGUGCAUCAAGUACAUGAAGCAGAUCUCGGAGGGGGUGGAAUACAUCCACAAGCAAGGCAUCGUCCACCUGGACCUCAAGCCCGAGAACAUCAUGUGCGUCAACAAGACAGGCACCAGGAUCAAGCUCAUCGACUUCGGUCUGGCCAGAAGGCUGGAGAAUGCAGGGUCUCUGAAGGUCCUCUUUGGCACCCCGGAGUUUGUAGCACCUGAAGUGAUCAACUACGAGCCCAUUGGCUAUGCCACGGACAUGUGGAGCAUCGGGGUCAUCUGCUACAUCCUGGUCAGUGGACUUUCCCCCUUCAUGGGCGACAACGACAACGAAACCUUAGCCAACGUUACCUCAGCCACCUGGGACUUUGACGACGAGGCAUUCGAUGAGAUCUCCGAUGAUGCCAAGGAUUUUAUCAGCAACUUGCUGAAGAAAGAUAUGAAAAACCGCCUGGACUGCACCCAGUGCCUUCAGCAUCCAUGGCUAAUGAAAGACACCAAGAACAUGGAGGCCAAGAAGCUCUCCAAGGACCGGAUGAAGAAGUACAUGGCGAGAAGGAAAUGGCAGAAAACGGGCAAUGCUGUGAGAGCCAUUGGAAGAUUGUCCUCUAUGGCAAUGAUCUCAGGGCUCAGCGGCAGGAAAUCCUCAACAGGGUCACCAACCAGCCCACUCAACGCAGAAAAACUAGAAUCUGAAGGAGAUGUCUCCCAAGCUUUCCUGGAGGCUGUCGCCGAGGAAAAGCCCCAUGUAAAACCCUAUUUCUCUAAGACCAUUCGUGAUUUAGAAGUCGUGGAGGGAAGUGCUGCUAGAUUUGACUGCAAGAUUGAAGGAUACCCAGACCCUGAGGUUGUCUGGUUCAAAGAUGACCAAUCGAUCAGGGAGUCUCGCCACUUCCAGAUAGACUACGAUGAGGAUGGGAACUGCUCUUUAAUCAUUAGCGAUGUUUGCGGGGAUGACGAUGCCAAGUACACCUGCAAGGCUGUCAACAGUCUUGGAGAAGCCACCUGCACAGCUGAGCUCAUUGUGGAAACCAUGGAGGAAGGAGAAGGGGAAGGGGAAGAGGAAGAAGAGGAAGAGUGAAACAAAGCCAGAGAGAAGCAGUUUCUAAGUCAUAUUACAAAGACUUUCUCUAAAGCUCAAAAAAUCCAAGAUAGUAAAAACACCUGGUGUGAUAGAUUAUCUAGUUAGGCCAUUUGGGGGUUGAUUCUUCAGCAACAACAGUUGAUACCUAGCAGCGUCAUUGAUGGGCAUUAAUUUGAAUUAGCUGGCACCUUAAGAUAGUAGUUCAGCUAGAUUUCAUUUUCGGAAAUCACCAGUAACUUGCAAUUGAUUUUAGAGACAAAGUAACCAAAAAGAUAUAUUUUUCUGGGCAAAAUCACAAAUUCCCCAACUGAAAGCAUUCAUGAAAAAUAAGGCCCUGUGGCCACCGCUCAGCCCAGAGGGUCCCUGGAGAUGGAAGUCUCUUUCUCCCAGCUCCUUAUCCCAGAGAACUGGGCCUUCUCCAGUACUGCCGCACUUCAUUCUGAAAGCAGUUGAGCCAUUUUAACUUACGAGACACAUUUUAUUCCAAAGUAUGUGGAGACAUUCAGACUUUUCACUUCGCCCAUUCUACCUGCCAGUUUUCCUGGAUCUGAACUUGCCAUGAGUUUAAGCAUUAAAGACAUUACACUUCUUAGAUUCUGAAGACAGGUUCCUUGCUCAUGGAUGACUGGCUUCCUUAGGAAAAUAGAAUCUUCUUUCUUCCAAAAUCAGUAGGGAAAUCUAAACUUAUCCCCUCUUUGCAGAUGUCUAGCAGCUUCAGACAUUUUUAUAAGAACCUGUGAAAAAAAGUCCUUGCUAAUGUGCUUUUCUUCUGAAACCAGGAUUCGUAUUUGUGCUGUUACAGAAUAUCAGCUCUGCCUGCAUGGUAAAGGUUUUUGUGUUUGUGUAAAAAAACCAGUUUGCUCAAAAGUUAGUUUUAAUUAUUUAUUGGCCACUAUGAAACAUUUCAACUGAUGAAAAGCUGUAGAACUCUACAUACUUUGGAGUCUCUCUCCUUCAGGAUAGUCUGAGUUUAAUACACUUUGAUUCUAAACACUCUGCAGAGAACUCUUCUUCCAUUAUGGGUUCCACCGUGGUUUUUUGUUGUUUUUUUUUUUCUUGAAUGUACAUCAAUCAUGCCUUGCCCCCAACCUUGAACUAUGUUCUUAGAUCUGAUAAAUGCACUCAGACUUGCAUCUUUAGGAAUUUUUAACUUUGUUUCACGACAUUGGCACUUAAAAUUUUCUUUAUAAAACUUUUCGAAGGUCAUAAACAAAGACCAUAAACUGAUAUGCCUAAUACAUUUCCUCUGUGUGUGUGUGUAACAUUCCAAAUACUCUUUUCUUUUCCACGUUUGUAAAGUGCAGCAAUUUAAUACUUCAAAGGACUUUUUAAUAGUUCCUUAAGAACUAACUUUAUAUUACUUCAGUGCAAUCCUACACAGUAUCAACAUUAGUAUUUUGAUAUUACUUAGUCUUUUGUUAUCUUCCAGUCAUCUAUCUUAUCUGCUUUUUGCUGCUAGUUUCAAAUUGCCAGUAUCUCGUUUGCUUUUUAAACAGUUACAAUAUUUUUCAUAACAGCCACAGUAUUGCCACAGUUUAUUAUAACAAAGGGUUUUAAUUUGAUUUAGAGCAUUCAAAGCUUUUUUCAUCACUUUUGUUUACUAUAAUCUUUGUACGCGUGUAUGUUGUAUGUGUGCGUGCAUGUGUAGUGUGUACGUUUGUUUACAAGUUUUUAAUGCCUUCUUGAAAUUGUGUUAAUGUUCUCCCAGUUUAUUAUGCCAUCAGAAUGGUAAAUGAGAACACUACAACUGUAGUUAGCUCACAAUUUUUAAAUAAAGAAUACCACAGUGCA